ACUGCAGACAUAGUACAGGAGAUGACCAGAGACUGCGGACAUAGUACAGGAAAUGACCAGAGACUGCGAAACAUAGUACAGGAGAUGACCAGAGACUGCGAACAUAGUACAGGAGAUGACCAGAGACUGCACACAUACUACAGGAGAUGACCAGAGACUGCGGACACAGUACAGGAGAUCACCAGAGACUGCAGACAUAGUACAGGAGAUGACCAGAAACUGCAGGACAGUACAGGAGAUGACCAGAGACUGCGGACACAGUACAGGAGAUACCAGAGACUGCAGACACAGUACAGGAGAUGACCAGAAACUGCAGACAUAGUACAGGAGAUGACCAGAGACUGUGGACA